GGGAGGAAGAGUGGUCGACGAUGUGUCUGCAGAUUGUGCGGGAAAUCCAUUUGUGGGGGCAGUAGAAAAGCGAAGGAACAUUUCUUCAAAAGCAAGGAGUUCAUAUGCCCGGCGGGGACCCCUGCUGUGUAUUAUACCAUAUGGGCGAAGAACAUGGACAAGUGUCCGAAGGACUUUGUUGCCUCGAUUGAGGAGUUGAAAAGGCUCCCUCCUGGCGCUCCGGCAUUCCAGUGGCCGACACUUUUAUUCUCAGAGGACUCGGAGCCUCGCUGGUCGCUUGCUAGUGAGGCAGGGCCGCCUCGCGGUGCAGUUGGUGCACCGGUUCUGACACCUGUGGCGGGAGGACCGUCGGUCGAUGCAGUACCACCGCCGGUACUUGGAGGGACCGCGGUGCUGUCGGCAGAGGCAACGAGACCGCCACCUACGUCGCUCGAUGACCACCGUGUCUCUCCGUCGGUUGGAUUGCAUCCUAUGUUCACGACUACCGCAGCCAGAGCAUCUACUGCAGCAGGAGCUCCUCUUGCGGGUGACCGAGGCACAGCUGCGGCAGCCACGGCUCGGUGGGCUCCACCUCGACCUCCAUGUUCAGCUCCAUCUUUGGCAGCGGCUGACUCGCGGGCGCCACAGCGCACAGGCGCGGUACCUACGUCGCGGUGGUCUCCUCUUAGUCCUCCACGUUCAGCUGCCCCUCAGUCGCACCCACCAUCGCACCAGGACGUGCAGGGGACUGCGGCUCACACGCAUCCACCAUCGACUCAGGCGGCAGAGGGCGCGGGUCCGCCCCCACCAAUUCCACUAUCUGAUUCUUCCCCCACGCCUGCUGCAGAGACUGCCCCCACAUUCGCUGGUGUGCUCGUAGGGGAUUUGGAUCCUAUGGAGCGGCUACACAACAUUCCACUUCCACAGGCCGCCACACCGGCAAGUCCAACUGGUUUGUUUGACAUGAGUGCCUCUGGUACGGUCGCAAAAGGGAGGGGCACAUACAAGCAGCAAACGGUCACCUCGUAUUAUUCUGACCCUAGAGAGCGUGCAUGGCACAUGACGAUCAUGCGGUUCAUCAAGGAGAGUGGCAUGCCAUUUAACUGUGUGAAGCUUGAGAGCUUCAGACGGAUGUUCACAAUCAUCAUCCCUCCUGCGGUCCCCGAGGCUCCCGUGCCUAAACCCCCGACUUAUCACAUGGUUCGAACGACGUUGUUGGACGAGCUGGAUGCAGAGGUGCAGCGGUGUGUGAGACCAGUGCUCGAUACCGCGCGUCAGAGUGGUUGCAAUAUUAUGACGGAUGGUUGGACACACAUCCGUGGUCAGACAUUGUGCAACUACCUUGUCGGUACAGAGAGGGGACCCGCGUAUCUUGCCACUGAUGUUAUGCGGGGCAGAAAGGACGCGCCAGCAUUGGGGAAGGCAUGGUUGCACAGGCUGAAGACCCUCGAUAUCCAUCUCAGCGACAUCACGAUGUUUGUCACGGAUUCUGCGGGUGUGAACGUGUCCGCCAUGCAGAUAUUCGAGGAGGACGAAAGCGUCAAACAUAUUUUUUGGAUUCCGUCGUUACCGAGGACCCGUGAUGCGACACUGUUUGGGCCACGCGGGAGGUCGGUCAGGAUGCCGCCGGGAUCACAGCAUGUGUGGGGUCUCCUCCAUGGUGGGAGUCCAUGGUGGGAGGAUUUGAGGCGUUUGUGUAACAUCAUGGACCCGGUCAUGGAGAUGCUGCAGAUGCUGGACAGUGACACACGGCAGAUCAGCAAGGUCCUGCGUCGGUAUGAGAUUAUGAUCGCAUCCUAUCUUACCUCGUGCGACUCCCUCACCGCGACAGAGUUGGAUGAGAUCCUUGGGGUUUUCGACAGGCGGCGCACCAUGUUCCUUACUUCAAUGCACAUAGCGGCCAUGAUGCUUGAUCCUGAGUUUCGGGAUGCCACCCUGCCGGACGGCGAUGUGAUGCAGCAGGGGUUGAUUGCCACUUUGGUUCAGUUUGGCUACCCCGAGGGAUCUCCGCAGCACAUCGAGAUACUCACUUCGAUCGACAAGUUCCAUGUCAGGGAGAGGCCUUUCGACAAUGCCACGAUGGAUAGAGCGAUGAGGAGCUAUGAGCACCCUUUCAGUUUUUGGGAGUCGCGCAGGUUUCCACACACCGAAUACUUUGCCAUGAGGAUCCUGCACGUUUGGAUGACAGCGUCGCCCUGUGAGAGAGCUUGGUCUCGUUGGAGUUUCAUCCACUCGAAGACUCUAGGACGCAUCCCACACACAACGCGCACAUCACUCUAACAAUCAUAAGACAACAACACACACACACACACGAAAUGACACAACGCAAUCAAUGCGACAACGCUCU